AUGGCUAGGACUACGAGGGCUUCGGCAAAAGCAUCUGCUGCCGUCAAUGGCAACGGGCCACAACAGCUGUCCAGUCCGCCUGCAACGCCACUCGCAGGGCAGGGCAAGAAGGUUUCCGCACCAUCCAACCCAAAAGCGUCAUCUGUGACCCCUGCGAACAACCGAAAGCGCUCGAGAAAGGCUAUCAAACAGGAAGACUUUGAUGUGAACGAACUUCCUCACAAUCUGGGUACGGCGCUUCCAACACCUGGGAACGAUGCAUCGCCUGAAGACGAAGCCUCGCCACCCAAGAAACGUGCCAAGAAGUCUCCGAAGAUCGAGCAGACCGAUUCUGCAAAGGUCAAAAUCGAGGAAGAUGUCGAAGACGAAGUCAAAACGCCAAAGAAGGCCAAAAAGCCCAAGUACUCACUCACUCCGGGUAUCACUCCUUUCCCAGACUAUCCAAGACCUACCCCGGAGGAAUGCCGUGAGGUCACUCGUUUGCUGUCGAAGGUACAUGGAGAAGUCAACGUCCCGAAAGCGAUCCCACCACCGUCUCUGGAUGUUGCUGGCUGCGGAGAAGUUCCUUCGGUUCUGGAUGCGCUCGUUCGCACCCGUCUCAGUGCCAAUACAACCAACAAAAACUCCAGCACGGCGUUCCAAGGUCUUGUUGCUCGAUUCGGUACCAUUAAGGAUGGUAUCGGCAAAGGGAGCGUUGACUGGGAUGCCGUGAGAACAGCACCGCAGAAGGACGUGUUCAAAGCUAUUGAGCGCGGUGGUCUGGCUCAGAUCAAAUCCAAAGACAUCCAGGCUAUUUUGCAGAUGGCGUACGAGGAGAACCAGGAGAGGAAGGAUGCACUGUCCAACGACACUGCGAACGCAGAAGGUCCAGCUGGCGCAGAGAACGAGCCAGAAACGCAGAAGAAAGAAGAGAUCGCCAAGGCCAAGAAGAACAUCAUCUCCCUGGAUCAUUUGCACUUACUCAGUACUGAUGAGGCCAUCAACAAAAUGCUUACUUUCCCUGGCAUUGGCCCGAAGACGGCUUCAUGUGUUGCCCUGUUCUGCCUGCAGCGACCGUCUUUCGCCGUUGAUACGCACGUCUUCCGACUGUGCCAAUAUUUGGGAUGGGUUCCGAAGACUUCGAAGAAAGGACAAGCUAAAGUCAACCGUGAAACAACCUACUCACACUGCGACGUCCGCAUUCCAGACGAAUUUAAAUACCCUCUGCAUCAACUUCUCAUCAAACACGGCAAGGUCUGCCCGAGAUGCAGAGCUGCGACUGGACAGAGUAGCGCCAAUUGGGAGGAAGGCUGUCCAAUCGAGCAUCUCGUCAAACGACAUGGUGCGAAGAAGGGUGGCGUCUCAGUUGCCGCUCGCAAGAAGGCCAAGGCAGCGGCGAACGAAGACGGCGAAGACGUGGAAGAUGGCGGUGCAUUCGGCGAGGACGAGAGCGAACUGAGCGAUGCGGAAGCCGAUGAAGAUUAA